AUGGCUAGUUUCCAACGGCCACAUAACCGGAAUGAGACUGAAAUGUAUCAAGAGCAUUAUGACAAUGAAAUCGAUAAAAAAUGUAAAAAGCUAGGAUAUUUAACUGAAAUAAAAAUUACUGGUAAUGGAUUUAAAAAUCUUGAUCAAUCGUUCUGCUGGAGUAACAUUCCUAUGCUGGCAGUCAUAACGGGUAAAAACGGCUGCGGUAAAACAGCUGUUUUAGAAGCUAUAAUGCGAGGAUUUCGUGAAGAAAAAGAAAAUCAAAGUAGCAAAAAUUCUAAAAUAUCAAGCAAAGAAGGCUACAGAAGUUUUAAAGGUGUUACCAUCAAAUAUGCUACAGAAGUUCCGAAAUGUCACUACUACAGUUCUAAUUUUAGAAAAAACGAAGAUUUAGAAAAAACGGAUAAGACUGAGAAAAAAAAAGCCGUCUAUUUGCUAGACGAGCCAGAUGCACAUCUUCAUACCAGCUUUGUUAAACAGUUAAUCGAAAUUAUCAAAACUAGAUUGGUAUCAGAACUUGGUAUGCAGGUUAUUAUGACCACUCAUUGUCCAACAACUGUUAGUCUAGUACCUAAUAAUUGUGUCUAUGUCAUGGCGGAACAUACAUACCGUACGCCUACUAAACAUUCAAACCCACUUGUAACCAAAGACAACAUCGAUGCCAUGUCAGAAACUGAUACUGGCAACACCGCAAAGAUUGUCAAGAUAUGUAAGGCUGAUAGCAAGGGGCAAGCCAUACAGUUAUUAACUUCAGAAUUUGUGCAUCUUAAUUUACCUUUUAGGCUAGUAUUUGUUGAAGGUACAGAUGAUGAAAUGUUUUACCAAAUGAUCAUGAAUAAAAUAAUUUAUAAGCGUUUAUUCAUGCCCAGUAUACCAUUAAAGUUUAAAUCUCAUGGUUACAGUCUAAGAAAACAUCCCCCAGAUGAGUGUGGCAAUAUAACUACCGAAGAUUCAUCUAGACAGAUAAUAGAAAGGCUUGUCAAAUUUUGCGUUGACCCCAAAGUCGCCGACGAGUGUGAUGAUUAUAGUUUAAAAGGAUUUAUAUUUGGCCUAGUUGAUAAUGAUAAUAAGGGCGAAUCGAAAAUAAAUAACAUUACAUGCUUGAAAGAAAGAUACAGCUUAGAAAAUUAUAUUUAUGAUCCAGUAUAUUUAUAUUAUAAUUUACUGAGGAGAGGUGAAGUACUCGUAUCGCAAAUUAAAGAGGAAAUAAAUAGUAAACUUUGUUUACAAAAUCAUCCUGAUCAUUUGUCUGACUUUUUAGAAGGGACUGAAACGAAGAUCGAUAUAUUACAAGCUAUUAUCGACAAUGUAUUUGAUAAGCUGGCUAAAACAAUAGAAAGAUUUAUCAGGUUAAGUGAAAGUAAAGAUUUCAAGGAUCUCGUUUCAAAAUUGAAACAGCACUUAAAUAAAUUAAAGCGAAUGAAUGAUCAAUUAAACGAAUAUCAGAAGAUUGGCGAAGAAAUUAAAGAAGAUCUGAAAGAAUUAAAACGUAUAUAUAAAUUGAAUAGUAACCAAUUUAGCAAGCAAAGCAAUGGACAAGGCAAUAUCCAAAAUUAUAUUCAAAAUAACUCUCAGAAUACUGAUCAGGUUUGUGUCCAACAUAACGACCAAGGUAUCAAUCAAAGUGAUAAACAAAGUUACAUUGAUGGCCAGCUAAUGCGUAAGAUUAAGAUCACUCUUGAAACCGAGAACACAAAAUAUGAUACUUUGACUGAAAGGUUACGCAAUCUAUGCAAAUAUACAGAUGAAAUUACCGAUGCCAUUAAAAGAUUAAAAUCAAAUCAAUUUUUGAGAAAUGGAGAUAAUUCUAAAUUAGAUUUUAGCAAGAGUGAUAUAUCUCUUGAAAGUAAAGUGACUGUUUCUUAUCCAAUAGUAAUACUGAAAAUGAGAGGACACGAUUUAGUCAUGUUUUAUAAAGAAACAUUUAAAAAUAUAGAGAAUUGUAAGAACAUGAUCCGAUUCCUUCAAAGCCAAAAUUUUUUGAUUCCUUCUGACUUGGUAGAAGUUCUUAAAGAGUUACAGACUUCUUAUAUUUCGGUUUAA